CUUCAGCACCUGCGAGUGGACAGCGCUCAAGAACGCAUGGUCGAGACUGGAGCCUCCAGAUGUUUUUCUUUUCUUUUCUUUUCUUUUCUUGACUUUUCUUUUCUUUUCUUUUCUUUUCUUGACUUUUCUUUUCUUUUCUUGACUUUUCUUUUCUUUUCUUUUCUUUUCUUUUUUAAUUCUGUUGCAUCACUGCUGCCUUGCAACACAAUAACCUUUUAGUGCAAAACCGUCAUCAUGCUUAAGCCCAUGCCAUUCUGGUUUCACAAUCAUCUUCAGCACGAGUGGCAGAUUAACGACUCUAACAUGGCUGUUAACAUCUAAUUAUAUGACACAGUGGGGCAUGUUAUUAGUACUUAGACUGCUGGACACGUAUCUCGAUUAGCAGUGUUAUAAAAUAGUUUUUUACGGUCUCGGUGGGCAGAACGGAUAUGGGUCUCUGUCAAGCAUGCAUUCAUAAACAUUCGUCGCAUAGACUUAAAUAUAAUGCACAGAUUCUGCUUUUCAUAUAUGCAUAUUACAGGCUUCCACUAAAUCCGAUCCAAAACCUUAUUGGUCGCUGCAUUGUAAAGGUUUCUCCUAAAUAAAACCGAUUCACCAAUGGCGUGGAAGAUAUGGAUAAAAGGGGGAUGUGGAUUUCGCAAAUUCACGAAGCAUCACCAUUGUCAUUUAUGGCACUUUGCGGCCAAUAGCUAACGCGUAUUGACGCACGCGCCUCCCGCCGCUCGCCGCGUCCUCGCCGUGAACGCGCGUGGUACCCCCCCCCGGUCGCGAGGAGGAGGAGGAGGAUGUGGCGCGCGGAGGGGAAAUGGCUGCCGAAAACAAGCCGGAAGAACCCCCCUUUUAGUGACUGAACCCACCAACAGCUGCUCGGUAUGCUUCAGUCUCGUGUGGAAUAUUUCCCCAGAACUGUGACUCUUCGGCCGCUGCUGUUUUGAAGCUGUCAGCAGUUAUUUUCUUAGAUAAUAACACAUUUAAACUGGAUUGGAAAGGACUCUUGGAAAAUUGAAGCGGAAUUUUAAUGAGGCAGCAAAAUGAAAGGACUGAAGAAAAUACGUAAUCCGGAUCGAAUGUACAGAACCGCCGUCGGUUACACCGGCCACGUUCCUCCUAAGAGUGUCAGCGAUGACACAGACAACAACAAUGAACAUGGACAUUUGAAAAUCUACCUGCCCAAGAAGCUUCUGGAAUGCCUUCCCAAAUGCUCCUCCCUGCCCAAAGAAAGACAUCGCUGGAACACCAACGAGACGUGCACCGGCCUACAACGUGCAAUCUUGGGGCUUGGAUUUGUCAACACUUCUUGCUGAGGUCUCACGCGAAGGAUUAGCGCAAAGGGAAUUAAUGCAGAGUUGACAGGAGGGAGGCAAAGGCAGGAUGCAGCCGGGCUCCGGAUGAACCUCAAUCCAAAUUUCCCCCUUGGCCAAAGUGCUCAUCCACAGAUGAAAGCCAAACCCGGCUCUGAUAUGCUGAUCAAAGCCGUCCGGCACAGGACACCAAAGCAGCACCUGGAAUUUCAAUGGAGAAAUACCAAUAUUACGAUUCAUAAAAAAGAAGUUGGAGCUUCACCCAUGUAAACAGGCGCCUGGAGUGUUUCUCAGUGGUUCAUUUAUCCAGGAACAAUGCGGAGUUCUUAGCUCCCUUCAGUGCUGUGUUUUCAUGGCGAGUAAUCUAGCUAAUUAAAGCACAUUAGAAAAGUUAGCCUUGUGGUGAGCACUUCAAUCAUACCUUUUAAUGGGUUUCAGAGUCCUCUGUGCUUAAAGUCAUCAAAACUUUUGCCGCCUACAGCUAUAGGUGAGUGUGUGAGAUGUUCUUAUUGGCGGUCAAGGCGGUUUCCAGACCCUCAUCUGCCAGAGAUGACCGUCAUCAUUGUUCAUUAGGGUAGCAGAUGGCACCAGCUCAGCUAUUUCUCCCCGUAUGCAUCGCAUACAUUAAAUAGAAAAGCUCAAGGAUGGACGUUAGUGUCAUUUCCCAGUCACAAAGUCAGAUCAUUAGUCAUCAGUACAUGCAAUGGUGUUGCUGUCCGUACCGGCGCAGCCUGGAAGUGUGACUUCCAUCAGAUGGUGAUAAUAAAGACUCUUAGCUCAGUACAUAAAUCUUUCUUGAGCCCCGGAUGUUUGAACGCACAUACAAUCACACAGUCAUGCUCAAUGUUUGAUCAGACAUGAGUACACCACAGAGCGGGCUGAUAUCGCCCCGGAGUGCUGUCCACCUCUGAGCGGUUUCCACAGUCCAUAAAAGAGUACGUAAAACAGGUGGUGUGCCGGGGGCGUGAAGGUCAUGAAAGUGGCCGGCAGUCUGUUCCUAAGCCAGCUGGUUUUUAUAUGCCAGAUCACAUGUUGGCUAUCAGAACAUCAAACUACAGAUUAACCACAGCAGGGGUUUUCAAACUUGUGUCCAUGACCCUCAGAGGGGUUAAGAGGUCAGCUGAAUAGUUAGGUAUGUAUUGAUUCAGUCAACUCGCGAUGCAAUAGGAUUCACAAUACUGAUUUCACAAUACAAUUUUCUUUUUUUAUGAGAUGCAAAGUCAGUCUCUGACACCAGGUGGCGCUUAUGGAACAACAGCAAUACAGUGUUUCCUAGGUUACUGCUGUAAAAAAAUCAGUGCUGCAUUUAUACAGUAAUCACCACUUUAAAAUAUAUUAUAUGGAGGCCAGAUAAAUACCAUCUAAACUUUUCUAAAGACAGUCAGGUCUUCUCAGAGAUUCAUAUAAAUCUUCAUUCAUAAGAUUCAUAAGAUAUUCAGAUAAACUCCCACCCCAAUUGUUACACAAUUCAUUUAACCUCU